AACUGGAACGGUCACACCGGCCUGCAUAACAAUUUCCAUUUCUUAUUUUAUCAGUCGCAUAUCCUAUUAUCACCAAAUGUUGCGCCGGGGGUUUUUAUUUGGAACCAGCCCCACCUUGCGGAGCCGCCACAUGUCGGUAGUGGCCAAGUCCUUGAAAUACACACAACACGGCGAACCGCAAGAUGUACUGCAACUGGUGGAGGACAAGCUACCUGAUCCCAAGGACAAACAAGUGCUGGUCAAGAUCCUUGCGGCCCCUAUCAACCCGGCGGACAUUAACACAAUUCAAGGAAAAUAUCCGGUGAAGCCCAAGUUUCCAGCCGUCGGCGGCAAUGAAUGUGUGGCGGAGGUCAUCUGCGUGGGCGACAAUGUCAAGAGCUUGGAGGCGGGGCAGCAUGUCAUUCCCCUGGCCACCGGCCUGGGCACCUGGACUACGCACGCCGUUUAUAAGGAGGAUCAACUGAUGGUCGUGUCCAAAAAAGUGGGAUUGGCUGAAGCCGCCACCUCAACGGUAAAUCCCACCACCGCCUACCGUAUGCUUAAGGACUUUGUGCAGCUUUGUCCGGGUGACACCGUCAUUCAGAACGGAGCCAACAGCGCCGUGGGUCAGGCAGUGCAUCAGCUGUGCCGCGCCUGGGGUAUUAAUAGCAUUGGCAUCGUUCGCGAUCGCCCCGAGAUUGCCGAGCUCAAGCAGAUGCUGCAAUGCCUUGGAGCUACCGAAGUGCUAACCGAGGCUGAAAUCCGCACCAGCGACAUCUUCAAGUCGGGCAAGCUAAAGAAGCCCCGCUUGGCCUUCAAUUGUGUGGGCGGAAAGAGUGCCACGGAGGCGUCGCGGCAUCUGGACAACGGUGGAGUGAUGGUCACCUAUGGUGGCAUGUCCCGCGAGCCCGUCACCGUGGCCACCGGACCGCUCAUUUUCAAGGACAUUGCAUUUAGAGGCUUCUGGAUGACACGCUGGUCAAAGGAGAACUACAGCUCCCCGGAGCGUUCGAAAAUGUUUCAGGAAAUCUUUGAGCUGAUGGAGCAAGGGAAGUUCGUGGCCCCGAACCAUGAGAUGGUGCCCUUAAAUAACUUUAAAGACGCUGCAGCCGCAGCCUUGAACUUCCAGGGAUUCACCGGCAAGAAGUACAUCUUGGACAUGAACGUUUAGUUGCGUAACUUGGGGCUGAUCCUGCCAAUUUAUUUACAUACAUAUUGUAUUGUGUAUUAAAAAUGUUAUAUACUGUGAUACAACUCA